GUGCUUUGCAGCUUACAAGUUACCAGAUCGCACUCAAACUUUCACAGCAGCUUGAGCACAUUUUCACUUUGCAAACGUUUAGGCUCGUUAAAUUCAAUCUUUGUUACACGUCAUUGAACUUGGUUUUCUAACCUAUUCCACUAUAAUCCAAAAGGUUCUAGAGUUUCAGUUGGGCACUGUAAUCGUGGACUUAGAUUUUUUCCUACCUCGGAUUAUCCAGACAGAGUCCAAAUUCCUGUUGUACUGAUAUACAAUCAUGAGUCCUACCGCCAAAGUAAAAACAGAAGUAAAGAAAGAAAUACACUCAGCUGACGGCAGUAUUCCCAAUGGUACUACGGAUUCACGGCCAGCCGAACACCAGUCACCCGCAGCUGUUAAGCGCGAAUUAGGAGAAGCAGCGGAAGCACUGCUCAUGUUGCAGAACGACGGUGGUUCAUCCAGCAAGAAGCGGCAAGCGCAGAACGGUGAUCACGCGUUGAAGAAGGUCAAAUCCGAGCCCGAAGCUUCGACGUCCAAAGACCGAACGAAUGGAUCUAGUGCGAAGAAAAAAAAGAAGAACUAUUCGGACGACGAAGGUGACAGUGAUUAUGAGGUUGCGCCAAAAAAGAAGAAAACACAGUCGAAAGACAGUUCGACUAAAGAAAAGUCCAAGGACAAAUCAAAAGACAAAGCUAAAUCCAGCUCAAAAAAUGACAAAAAACCAGUCAAGAGUUCACCUGGAUCCAGCACGGCUGGUUCGCCGCGUAAGAAGAAACAAGAAGAAGAGCCUGAAGUGUGGAAAUGGUGGGAAGAGAAACGCGGUGACGAUGAAAUAAAAUGGAAAACACUUCAGCAUAAAGGACCUGUGUUUGCGCCUCCAUAUGAGCCAGUUCCGUCACACGUGAAAUUUCUUUAUGAUGGGAAGGUGAUGCAGUUAUCGAAUGAAGCAGAAGAAGUGGCGACUUUCUACGCGAAGAUGUUGGACCACGAUUACACCACGAAAGAAGUUUUCAACAAGAAUUUUUUUAAGGACUGGAGAAAAGUUAUGACUGCAGAAGAGAAGAAGAAGAUAGAAGAUCUUCGGAAAUGUGAUUUCACUCAGAUGGCCACUUAUUUCAAAGAACAAACCGAACUGCGAAAACAAAGGACAAAGGAAGAAAAGCAGAAAUUAAAGGAAGAAAACCAAGCUCAGUUGGAAGAAUAUGGAUUUUGUUUGAUGGAUGGGCAUAAAGAAAAGAUCGGUAACUUUAAAAUUGAACCUCCCGGGCUUUUCCGUGGUCGCGGGGAACACCCAAAAAUGGGUAUGCUGAAACGACGCGUUAGGCCUCAGGAUGUCAUCAUUAACUGCAGUUCGGAUGCUACUGCACCGAAGCCUCCACCGGGCACAAAAUGGAAAGAAGUGCGCCAUGAUAACAGGGUAACAUGGUUGGCAUGCUGGAACGAAAAUAUCCUUGGAACCAACAAAUAUAUCAUGUUAAAUCCCAGUAGUAAGUUAAAAGGCGAAAAAGAUUGGAAGAAGUACGAAACGGCUCGGAAGCUCAAGUCUAAAGUAGAUGACAUCCGUGCGACUUACCGGUCUGACUGGAAGUCUAAGCAGAUGCAAGCGCGACAGCGCGCUGUCGCGCUUUACUUCAUCGAUAAGCUAGCGCUUCGAGCUGGUAAUGAAAAAGAAGAAGGUGAAACUGCCGAUACCGUGGGUUGCUGUUCCCUGCGUGUUGAACACAUCAAAUUGCACGACGAAAUUGAUGGGAAGAAAUAUAUGGUUGAUUUCGAUUUUCUUGGUAAGGACAGCAUCCGAUACCAAAAUCGUGUGGAAGUGGAGAAGCGCGUUUUCAAAAACCUCAAACUGUUUAUGGCAAACAAGGAUCCUGGUGACGAUAUUUUUGACCGGUUAAAUACUACGACUCUCAAUAAGCAUCUGAGUGAACUGAUGGAAGGUCUGACAGCCAAGGUGUUUCGUACGUACAAUGCUAGUAUAACACUCCAGGAACAGCUGGAGAAACUCACAAAAGACAAGGAUUUAUUGGCUGGUAAGAUGUUGUCGUACAACCGCGCUAAUCGCGCCGUGGCCGUUCUCUGUAACCAUCAAAGGAGUGUACCGAAAACAUUCAGCAAGCAGAUGGAGAACGUUCAAGCAAAAAUAUCCGCGGCGAAGGAUAAAGUUAAAGAAGCCAAGAAGGGUCAUAAGGAAGCCAAGGACGAUUAUAAAAAGAGCAAAAGCGCCACAAAUAAGUCAAAAAUGGAUAAAGCAGAACAGAAGUAUGAGCGGGCCAAGGAGGCACUGCAUAAGCUUGAGAUUGCUGCCACGGAUAAGGAGGAGAAUAAGACCAUUGCUCUGGGAACGUCCAAGUUGAACUAUCUGGAUCCCCGAAUUACGGUUGCAUGGUGCAAAAGUAAUGAUGUUCCCAUAGAAAAAGUUUAUAACAAAACGCAGCGUGAUAAAUUCCGAUGGGCUAUUGAUAUGGCUGGUCCAGACUUUGUGUUUUAAUGCGUUUGGCAUGGCUUUCAUUCGCCGUCAUUCUGUAUUCCUCUUUGGUUACCUCGCAAAAUUGGAAGCCUGAUGAUGGAUAAUUAACCCGUAUUUUAGAAGUUUUUUAAUUGGAGCAUUGAAAGCUCAUUGCGUCCAUCCAUUUUUAAAUUUAUUAGUUCCGGAAAUCCUACCAUUCAGGCCCAUAUGUCGGUGAUUCCUGUCAUUGUUGUAUCCAUCUCGUUAAUUUUGUUCCGCUUUGCAUGGAGUUGUGGUUUGGAUUAUGCAGUGAUCCUUGAAUGACGCGGCAGGGUGCAUUUCUUGAUUGUGUUUAUUCCCGCUCUUCUAAUUCUUCGCCUGCUGCUGUGUUAACUGUUGUAUGGAGUGUGGCCCGGAAGUACUUCUCCUUUUUGUAUUAAUUUAAUCCAUUCGACUGUAUUUUCAUUGUCAUGGUAGAAGUUAUCUCUGGGUAGGUAUGUUGUACAUUUCGAUUAUAUGCAGUAUGCACUAUUCGAUUGAUUUAGCCUUUUAACUUGUAAAUUCUGAUCUAUUGCGCUCGUGGUUUGGUUGAUUUCUGAUACGUUUUUGUUAUGCAAAAUAUUGAUCAUAUACAUUUAUAUAUUCUCAGUGUCAGCACUUCGAUGCCGAAGUAAAAUUGUUGCGGUGU